UAAAAGCAAAAGAGUAAAACGCAAAGGAAAAAGGAAAAUCCUCCUUCAGAGAGAAGAGACGGGCAGAGAGAGGGGCCAGACAGAGGCAGAGGGUCUGGUCUUUUGCUUGCGUAACAAUCAAGAACAAGUAAGCUCUCUCUCUGUCCUUCUCCUCUCUGAUGAGAUAUUUCAUGUCAGCAUGGCGCAAUCAGAACAACAACAACAACAACAACAACAACACCAACCACCUGCAAAGCCAACCCAAUCGUCCAACCCCUUCAACCCACAGAUGACGACGAGCCCAAUCUCAGUCUCAGCUCCAAACCCAUCAUGGUUCUCCCCCAAAAGGUUGCUCGUAAUGCUCUGUACAAUUAACAUGAUAAAUUAUGUCGAUCGAGGAGCAAUAGCGAGCAAUGGUGUCAAUGGUAGUAUUGGGAUUUGUGAUGAUAGCGGAAUUUGCAGCGCGGGUAGCGGAAUUCAGGGAGAUUUUAAAUUGAGCAAUUUUCAAGAUGGUGUUCUUUCAUCUGCAUUUAUGGUUGGUCUUCUUAUGGCGUCACCCAUCUUUGCGUCCUUGGCAAAGAGCCACAAUCCUUUUAGGCUGAUUGGAGUUGGAUUAUCUGUUUGGACAUUUGCCACAGCUGGGUGUGGUAGUUCAAUUGAUUUUUGGACCAUUGCAAUAUGUCGUAUGCUGGUUGGAGUUGGUGAGGCAUCUUUCAUAAGUCUUGCAGCGCCGUUCAUUGAUGACCAUGCUCCUGCACCCCAGAAAACAGCAUGGCUUGCAAUGUUUUACAUGUGUAUACCAACUGGAAUUGCUGUGGGCUAUGUUUAUGGAGGAUUUGUAAGUUUUUACAUUUGGAAAGCUAUUUUUUUUUUCAUCAAAUAUAUAAAGUCUGUUGGUUGAGUUUUCAUCAGUUUU